AUGCAUGAAUUAGAAUUCUUCCAUCUUUUCGACAAUGUUAAUACUGAACUUAACAUUUGGGACGUCCCAGACAACUAUUCGGAUUAUAAUACCACGGGAUUUAACAGCACUUACAAUGUAACUGGGAAUUUUAAUGAGGGCUUCGUCAAUAAUUGGUGGGCAUUGGUGGCGUUGGUGCUUGUGGUAUGUACUGCAGCUGGGAAUGUGCUCGUCUGCCUUGCUAUAUACUUGGAAAGACGACUGCAGAAUGUUACUAACUACUUCUUGAUGUCACUGGCUAUAACAGACCUUCUCGUUGCUAUAUUGGUGAUGCCGCUGGGAAUCCUGACAUUGCUACGAGGUUAUUUUCCGCUGCCCGCCGUGUAUUGCUUAACUUGGAUUUGCCUCGACGUGCUCCUAUGUACAGCCUCUAUCAUGCACCUUUGUACCAUUAGCGUUGACAGAUAUCUCUCAUUGCGUUAUCCAAUGCGGUUUGGAAGAAAUAAGACGAGAAAAAGAGUAACUGUGAAAAUAGCUUUCGUCUGGAUCCUGUCCACAGCAAUGAGUCUUCCAUUGAGUCUUAUGUAUUCAAAGAACGCUGAUACGGUCCUUAUCGAGGGUUCCUGCCAGAUACCAGAUCCACUUUACAAGGCCAUCGGGUCCAUCAUCUGCUUUUACAUCCCGUUGGUCGUGAUGCUCCUCACCUACGCAUUGACUGUUCAACUCCUGGCACGGCAGAGGAAAGGACUUGGUGCUGGAUGGGCAGCGAACUGGCUCGGUGCGCCUCAAAUCGAACGCCGGUGUACUUGGAGAAGAUUCCUCGGCCCCAGAGGUGGUACUCCACAGCACUCGGCCGCCUCUACGGAAACAGAGCUACCGCCAAUAGACACAAGAGAUCUGUGGCUACAAGAUUCAAGCGAGCCAGCUCCGUCAGCAAUGACAGCACUGCAUCAAUUCGGAGCUGAGAUGUUGCGCCUCUCUCGCGGCUUGGAAGCUUCUGCCGCUACAAAACCACAGACACCGUACCGAGGGACGAAUAUAUCUGAACGCGGAGGCAUGCUGACCCCAGGAUCCUUGAGUGUAUCCUCAAGUUCACCGUCCUCUAUGCUACAAGAUCGACGGCGACCAUCGUCCACCUGUGACCCAAACACCCCAUUACAUAGGCCACGAAGUGCAUCUGAUGACGAAAGCAAUGACGGUCUUCUAGCACCAACAACUUUAACUGCUAAAUCGCGAAGUUCAGAAGACGGUCUUCUUUUACCUCCACCUUGCACAUGUCCCUAUUUUGGAACAGAAUCAACUCCUCCUCGACGUACAACAGAAGUCAUUAUUGUCUCAGGCGGUGAUAUAAAUGGCUGCAAUGGAUAUCCUCGUAAUGGAAACCUAAAAGUUGAUGAGUCAGGUCAAUAUUUUAGACGCUCAAGUCGUGGUACCGCUUCCAUGGUGACUUGGGAUGAAGCAAGAAGAUUUAGAAGAGGCUCCAGUUUUGGAGGAGCAAGAACAACAUUGUCUACGCCUGUCAGAAAUAUUAGAAAUCAGAGACCUAUUACAACCCGACCACAGCAAACAGUUACAUCGAGUCCUCAACGUCAGACACCGAGACCACAUCAUUCUAGAAACUCUAGUGUCAUUUCUAGAAAUUCGUCUCGUCAUGGCCGAAUAUUAAGAUUAGAACAGAAGGCAACUAAAGUGUUAGGUGUAGUAUUCUUUACAUUUGUGGUACUUUGGGCUCCUUUUUUUAUUCUAAAUAUGGUGCCAGCGGUUUGUCCAGAGUGUGAAAGAAGAAUUUCGCCGUGGGUAUUUGAUUGCGUACUGUGGUUGGGGUAUGCUAGUUCUAUGGUGAAUCCUAUAUUCUAUACUAUUUUCAAUAAGGUGUUUAGGCAAGCUUUUAAAAAAGUACUGCUAUGUCAGUAUUGCAAGUCGAGGAGAUAG